UAUCAAUGUGUGAAUAAAUUAGAUAUAUUAGGAUGCGUAUAAAACAAUGUAAUGUGCGCUCACCUGCCAGACAGUUAUCAUAUACUGUUACUGACACAACGCUCGCCAGGUUAUCUGUAAACAGAAAAUCAACAAUGGCAAACGACUAUCUGAUAUCAAAAUGGAGAAAUUGGUUUGGCUUUUUUGACCACAACAAAGAUGGAAAAGUUUGCUAUGCCGAUAUGGAAACUGCAAGGAGCAAGUUUACAAGUCUUCAUCAUUUAGAAGGGGAACAGAAGCAAAAAUCUAACGACGCCUUUACUAAAUGGUGGGUUGAAUACGUUAUGUGGGGGAAGAAAGAAAUCACGGUAGAUGAGUUUUUAGAAAAGCAAAAUGCUGCUUUUAAAGCCAACAAAGAGGCAUUUGUGGCAAGGAUGCAUAAAUGCGAGGAGAUUAUUUGUCACUUUGUCGGUGUUUCUGGCGAUGGAAAUAUCUCCGAAGAAGACAUAUUGAUCAUCUUGAAAGCAGGUGGCCAUGGUGAUGAAGAACAGGAUAAAAAGUUUUUCCAUGAAUUCAACAAAAAGGGUAACACGUUUCCAGUCAAGAAAAUGGUGGAGUUGUGGACGCAUCACCUAACAUCCGAAGAUAGUUCAUUGCCUGAUCCAUGCCAAAAGGCAAUGGGCGAUAUCAACCAGUAAACUAAAUGAAUAACUGCUAUUGUUCUAUUACUCAACAUGUAUUGAUAUUUCAGACAAUUUUGAAGUAAUGACAUUUCAUUUCAAAGUAAUUAUUUUGCCAAAUUUUCGUUGUAAUUUAAUCAUAUGCACUGUGUAAUAUUAUAAUGGAAAUAAAACAUAAGCAGUUUAUUAAUGCAUCCUAAUAAGCAAAUGACUCGAACUUUCAUUAUUUUUAUGCUUAUACCGUGUAAAACUAUAAUUCAUGGAAUAAAAUGUAU